AUAUUUUCAGUACUAGGCAACAUGUUGCCAGUAUUUACUCAAGACAUGAACAACCUGGCGUUAUCGGAGAGCACGCCAGUCGGAUCCAUAGUCUACACACUGCAAGGCGUCGACCCUGAAGGUCUACCGUUGAAGUAUAAUUUAAUAGGAACAAACAAAUUUGAAGCAAACCCCGUAACAGGACAAGUAACGCUAAUUCGACCUUUGGAUAGAGAAACUGAAGACACGAUAAAGUUCUUAGUAUCUAUAGAAGAUCAAAAUCCUGAUUCUGCCCAAAAUCUGAUGCAACUACAGCCCGUCACUGUCAUUGUUCUCGACGAAAACGAUAAUCCGCCUAUGUUUAAAAAUAAUCCCUAUGAAGUUGAUGUGCCAGAAGAUGAAGAAAUAGGUAAAACAAUACUGACCAAUAUUCAAGUGGAGGAUAUAGACUCUGUUGGCGAUAGUCUAGAAGUUGGCUGUUUAAGUGAACAAUGGCCUGAAGCGUGUGAAACUUUUGAGGUGGUAAUGCUCAGUUCAUCCGCCAGCCACUACACAGGAGCACUUGUGCUAAAGAAAACAUUAAACUACAAUGAAAAGCAAUUCUAUCAGUUCCAGCUUUACGCAACCGAUGGUACCCUCAACUCAUCAGCACACGUAGAAGUGAAAGUGGUAGACGUUCAGAACUCCCCGCCAGUGUUUAGCGGAGCACUAACCGGAGCCCUGGCCGAAGAUGCUCCAGUAGGAACAUUAGCACUUACCAUCAAGGCUAGAGACGCUGACAGGGCUCAGCCUAGAGACGUUAUUCUAGAACUAGUUACGAAUCCAUUGGAUUUCUUUGUGUUGGACAGUGCAACUGGAGAAUUAAGAACAGCUAAACCUUUGGACAGGGAAGCUCUGGCUGACCCUUCGUCACCACUCAAUCUUACAAUCAAAGCCACAGAAAUAGUGAACGGAACACCGCUGUACUCUGACCUGACAUCCACGGUGGCCAUGGUGACGGUCACCAUAAAAGACGUGAACGAUGAACCUCCCAGAUUCAACCACCGUGAAUACUUCGUCGACAUACCGGAGAGUCUUCCUGUUGGAACCCCACUACCUAAUUUGGAUAUGACAGUCACAGACACCGACCUGGGUCUCAACUCCGUAUUUUCUUUGCGUCUAUCGGAUGAAAUGGGAGCGUUCAUUGUAGAGCCGGCGACGGCUACUGGCAGUGCUUCUGUUACUCUCAGACUGAACUCCAGUCUUGACUAUGAAGAUCCUAACCAGAGGAAAUUCAUUUUAGAGGUAAUAGCUGAAGAACUACACACAUCGCCUCGACUCUCGUCAAAAGCUAGUGUAACAAUAUCCCUAAUAGAUGUGAAUGAUAAUGCACCACAAUUUGCUGAAGAACCUUAUCCCGCUACUGUAGCAGAAGCAUCACCAGCAGGCACGAGGGUAGCAGUUGUCAAAGCUACUGAUAGAGAUACGGGCAGGUUUGGUACCGAUGGCAUCGUAUAUGAGUUGUCUGGUAAUGGAGCAGAAUUGUUCAGAGUGGAUAACAGAACUGGACUCAUCACGGUAGCUCCGUGUCCCACUCCGGGUCUAGCUCCUUGUCUGGACUACGAGACGAGGAAGGACUACUUCUUGCAGUACAAGGCAACAGACGACGACGGCUCCGGUCAAAUGACGGUAGUUUCACUUCAGAUAUCCCUAAUCGAUUCUAACGACAAUCCUCCUACGUUCGCUACACCUGUCUACAAAGCUUCCAUCGACGAAGACGCCGUCAAGUUCGAACCAGAAUUACAAGUCCAAGCUCGUGACGUAGACGUUUCAUCUGAAAUCCGCUACUCGAUUAUAGAACCCGCGAUACAACCGUUCUGGAUCGAUCCCCUCACGGGCAGGAUAUCUGUGCGACCUGAGACAGGAGGUGUUACACAAAACGGAGAUGAUAACAAGAUUGUGCUUACUAUCUUGGCAACUGACGGCAUCCAUAAUGCGACCUGUAAGGUUGAAAUUACUGUUCGUGAUGUAAACAAUCACGCUCCGGUCUUCGAUAUAGACAAGUAUGAUGCUGACAUACCUGAGGAUGCACCAAUAGGCACAGAAGUAGCGGCAGUGCGCGCUACAGAUUUAGAUAGUGGAAUCAAUGCUGAGAUCAAGUAUGGCAUACAAAAAGGUGCUCAAGAAGCUUUCUUAAUAGACAACGUUACCGGCGUAGUCACUGUUUCCGCUGCUCUGGAUUACGAUAAGAGAAACACAUAUAAAAUACAAAUCAUCGCUUCUGACCUUGGUAUGCCCAGUUUAACAGGUACAACCGAGUUGACAGUCCACGUGAUCAAUGUGAACGAUAAAAAGCCUUCCUUCACACCUCCCGUGCAAAGAGCAGAAGUAUCAGCCGAUGCUGAAAUCGGAACUGUAGUCCACAAUCUGAUUGCCGUGGAUCCAGAUAUUACUGACAACAGCCUUUUGGUCUAUGAGAUGCUGCAAGAUAGAGUCAUAAAAGCUGUAGACAAAAAUGGAAAAGAGGUAUCUGAUGAAGGUAUUUUUGGAUCUUGGUUCGCGGUUCAACCAAAUGGUUCGGUAAUUGUAGCACAAAAGCUUGAUCGAGGCCGAGCGGCAGUUCUCACUCUACCCGUGGCCGUUACUGACGCAUCUGCUUUGACAUUACAGCAGACUGAAGCACAUAGGGACGCUCUGCACAGAAAAACACAAAACUCACAGGACAACGAAAUACUUAAAAUAAGUUACAGAAGAUAUCGUAACUUCUGUAACGACUUACUAAAAAGAUUAAAAAACGAAUACGAAAAAUCUGAAAUAAAUAAAUGUAAGAACCCGAAACAAACAUGGAAAACUAUUCGAAAAUUCACUAACACAAUUAAAGAAACAAACCACGCUGAGGAACUUUUACAUAGCAACUCGAGUUGUCCACAAACAUCCAUUAACCUAAUCAAUGAAUAUUUCUCAAACGUGGGAAAGAAUCUUGCCAGUGAAAUUGAUAAAUCUGCCGUUGUAGCAGAUAUCCCAUGUGCUAUAAAAAGUAACAAUCAUCCUAAUUCUUUUGUUCUGCUUCCAACAGAUAAUAUAGAAAUUACAAAUUUAAUACAAAGCUUAAAAAACGAUUCUGCUACUGGUUCUGACAACAUUCCAUCUGCGUUUCUCAAAGCAACAGCAAAAUCGAUAGUUCCAAUUUUAACCCAUAUUUUCAAUAUCUGCUUUAAUAAUGGUGUUUUUCCGAAAUGUUUCAAGCAAUCCAUUGUUCAUCCCAUUCAUAGGGGUGGUAGUGGAGAGUGUGUCGACAACUUCCGCCCAAUAUCUGUUCUCACUGCAUUAUCGAAGAUAUUAGAAAAACUUAUUAAUUCACGUCUUAUGAAUUACCUUAAACAAGAAAAUCUAAUAUCUUCAUCUCAAUUUGGAUUCCAACCGAACAAAUCUACGGAGGAUGCCGUUGCUCCACUCGUUGAUAACGUAGCUACAACUCUUGACCACGGAGACAAGUGCAUUGGUGUCUUCCUUGAUUUGGCGAAGGCUUUUGACACGGUCUCUACUCCCAUCCUACUAAACAAGCUGGAAAGUGUGGGUAUCCGUGGAAUGCCUCUUAAAUUAUUUAAGAGUUUCUUGACUAAUAGGAAACAACGUGUAAGAAUCGGUGCAUUUGAAAGCAUUGAUAUGCCCAUAACUUGUGGUGUGGCUCAGGGCAGUGUGCUGGGCCCAAGUCUCUUCCUUGUCUAUAUAAACGAGCUUUGUGACUAUAAACCAAUUAAUUCUAGUAUAUUCUCCUAUGCAGAUGAUACUGCUAUAAUAUUCAGGGGCGAGACUUGGGCUUCAGUAAAACAAGUCGCUGAAAGGGCACUAACUAAUAUAACCAAUUGGCUGUUCAAAAACUAUUUAACGUUAAAUAUUACCAAAUCUAAAUUUUUAUCCUUCUCUAUCACAAAUAAUUCAAAACCAGAUCCGUCUUAUUGCAUAAAAAUUUACACUUGCAACCAAAAUGACCCUUCUUCAUUAUGUAACUGCUUAGCAUUGGAAAGAGUGAACCAUAUUAAGUAUCUUGGUAUACAACUGGAUAGCACUUUGAAUUGGGAUGUUCAAAUUGCUCAUCUUUCAUCUCGAACAAGAAAGCUAAUUUGGACAUUUAAAAAACUUGGAGACGUGCUGAAACCAUCCUCACUUAAAAGCAUCUAUCUUGCACUCGCGCAAUCGAUCUUAAGUUAUUGCAUAUCGGUAUGGGGUGGAGCAUGUAAAACUAAAAUCAUAAAAUUAGAAAGAGCACAAAGAUCAAUCCUUAAAGUAAUGUCAAAAAAACCAUAUCGGUACCCGACUACUAUCCUUUAUCGUAAUUGUGCAGUUCUCAGCAUACGCCAACUGUUUAUCCUUCAUGCCAUUCUGUACAAACACUCUAAAGUUCCAUAUGACCGAAAUAGCUCCAUAUCAAGAAAACGAAGAACCGACAGAGUCUUUGUCAUAGCAACUCAUCGUACUACUUUUGUUAGAAGACAUUUAUGUUUCCUUGCACCUUAUUUAUACAACAAAAUAAAUAGAAUAUUAAACAUCCAUAAUAAAACUCGUUAUAACUGCAAGUCUACUCUAGAAAAGUGGUUACUCACACUUAAUUACACAGACACAGAAUCAUUACUAAUAUCUCCUCGAUAGAUGCACUUUCAUUUUCCUUCUGAUACAUGCACUUCUAUAAUAACGCACCACACACACACACACUCACACACUCACACACACACACACACACACACACACACACACACACACACACACACACACACACACACACACACACAUACACACACACACACACACACACACACACACACACACUUAAACCGUGUCAGCAUUGACUUGCACUGAGAUGAGCGCUCGUUGAUUCACGGGUGGGACCUGGAGUCCUGAAUUACAGGGUUGCCCUAGCUUAGGCUCCAGAUCGCACAAAAUAAUUACUCAUAAAUUGUUUGCCUAUCAAUCAAUGAUUGUGUG